AUGUCUGGCGACUCGAAAGUGUUCUCCCUCGUCGGCAAGGGCCUCAAGCUCGACACCAAGGCCGACAUUCAGCCGCACCUCGACGCACUCCAGCAGAUCGCAGAUCUCCAAGAGGUCCACCUCGGCGGCAACACGCUCGGUGUCGAGGCUUGUCAGGCGCUCGCGGAUGUUCUCAAGGACAAGAAGACGCUCAAGGUCGCCGACUUUGCCGAUAUCUUCACCGGUAGGCUCAUCUCCGAGAUUCCCGAUGCGCUUCGUGCCCUUUGCGAUGCUCUCACCGACCACGCCAGCCUUGUAGAGCUCAACCUCUCGGACAACGCUUUCGGCGGUCGAUCCGCCGAGCCCAUGGUCAACUUCCUCAAGAACAACCACAGCUUCUCCGUCCUCAAGCUCAACAACAACGGUCUCGGUAUCACUGGAGGUACCAUCGUCGCUGAAGCCCUCUACGAAGCCGCGCAGAACCUCAAGGCCAAGGGCCUCGAAUCCAAGCUGCGCACCGUCAUCUGCGGCCGCAACCGUCUCGAAAACGGCUCAGCACCCGUGUGGGCCAAGGCGUACGCAGCGCACGGCGGCCUCGUCGAGGUUCGCAUGUUCCAGAACGGCAUCCGCAUGGAGGGCAUCGAGGCCAUCAGCAAGGGCCUCGCCUCGUGUCCCAACCUCGAAGUGCUUGACCUCCAAGACAACACCGCCACGCUGCGUGGCUCGCGCGCCAUCGCUGCAUGCCUGCCCAAGUGGCCCAAGCUCAAGACGCUCAACCUGUCCGAUUGCCUUCUCAAGCCCAAGGGGGGCGCGCUUGUCUUUGGUGCUCUGGCCAACGGCAGCAAUCCCGCGCUCGAGACGAUUCAGGUCCAGUACUGCGACCUCGACCGAAAGGUGCUCGACCAACUCGGCAUCGCCAUCGACCUCCAUCUCUCCAGCCUCACCAAGCUGGACAUCAACGGCAAUUGGGCGGACGAGGAGGACGAAUGCAUCGACAAGAUCAAGAGCGCCCUCGCCAAGCACGGCCACGAGGAUGCAUUGCUCGAGCUGGACGAGAUGGACCCCGAAGGCGAAGAGAGCGAGGGCGAGGAUGAAGAGGAUGCGGACGAGGACGAGGAGGAGGCGGACGCAGAAAGCUCCGCAAAGUCCUCGGCACAGGUCGACGACACCGACGAGCUCGCCUCUGCGCUGGCCAAGACGAGCCUCACAGACGCAAAAUGGAGUCUGAGGGACAGCUCCGAGGAGGACACGGGAGAGGCGCGAAGGUCAAAUCUUGUUAGAUCGUUUGCAGUACAGCGCGGUUCGGAAUCGAUACGCGCUCGUCGUUUCGGCCUCGAUUCCAAUUCGCACCUCCGAGAGUUGGUCUCACCGAGCCUGGCCAAAAUACGCACUGGUCCGGUCUCGACACCACCAUCACCACCUAACUCCUCGACCCAUCCGGCAAGGGCUUCCCUUCCCGACACCCAAUACCUGUGGAGACGCAUAGGCUGCAGCACAAUGGCGGUUUUUUCGCUGUCUACGCUGCUCCAGAAUGUCCCGCCGGGAUCGAGGGCUUUGACCGCGGCGCUCUUGGCAUUCUCGUUGCUUCUCUUCUUCCUGCGUCUGCGAACCGGUCUAGGAUUCGGCACGGCUAGUGCAGUUCAGUUCCCUUGGCUCGUCAUCGUCCCCGGCGCGAGCUUCUGGUAUCCCUGGACGUUGCUCACAUCGAGUUUCUGCGAGUCGUCCAUCCUCGAAUUUCUCGUCUCCAUCGUCUCCCUACCGCUCGCAGCACGGUAUCUCGAGCGUCAGUGGGGCGCAAUCGAGCUCUUCAAGUUUGCCGCCGUCGUCCUCGCUGGAAGCAACAUCAUUGCAUGGGGCCUGCAGCUCCUCCUCUUCGGCGUCUUCCGCAAGGAGGUGCUCAUCUGGGGGAUCCAAUUCCACGGGCUCCAGGCACUUCAGACCGCCUUUCUCGUGGCCUUCACCCAGCUCAUCCCAGAGCAUCAGGUCCAGGUCCUGAGCGGAGCUGUCAAGAUUCGAGUCAAGGAUCUGCCCAUGCUCUACGUGACCGUCAGCAACGUCAUGUGCCUCCUCGGCUACACCUCGCCAUGGAUCCUCAUUCAGUUCGGAUGGCUCAUCUCCUGGGCCUACCUGCGAUUCUUCAAGGUCAACGAGUCCGGCCUCAGGGGUGAUCGCAGCGAGGCCUUUGCUUUUGUCAACUGGUUCCCGCCCUUCGCUCACAAGCCGGUCCAAUUCAUCUCGACAACCCUAUUCAACUUGUUCGUCAAGCUCCGCGUGGUCCAGCCAUGGUCAGGUGGAGACUAUGCCGACCUCGAGUCGGCUUCCGUCAACGGGCAGGCUCCUGCGCACAGCAGCGCCCGCGCCGAAGCCGAGCGCAGACGUGCCAUGGCGUUGAAAGCGCUCGAUCAGCGGCUCUCGGCGAACAAGGGCUCUGGCUCGCGAACGACCGAUCUGCAGCGCUCUGAUUCCACCAAAUCUUCGGGCUCAGCUGCAGCAGCCGCGGCGUCGCACGAAAGCACAGCUCCGCUCCUUUCCGAUACGACCAGCGCCGGUGCGGGAUCCACUUCCGCCUCCGCGUCCAUUCCCACCGUCGUGUUCGAGGCUCCCUCCGAGGACCUGCCCUCGGAGAAAGAGUCAAAGUAG